CCGGGCGGGCGCGGGGCCGCGGCGGGCUUUAGGCGGCGGCGCCAUGGAGCGGCCCGGGAGCGCCGAGGGGGCCUGGGCCGCGCUGCUGGGCCGGCAGCACCCGCAGGCCCGGGAGUUCUGCCCGGGGUUGAACAACCGGCCCUACGUGUGCGAGACCGGGCACUGCUGCGGGGAGAGCGGCUGCUGCACCUACUACUACGAGCUGUGGUGGUUCUGGCUGCUCUGGACCAUCCUGAUCCUGCUGAGCUGCUGCUGCGCGUUCCGGCACCGCCGGGCCAAGCUGCGCCUGCAGCAGCAGCAGCGGCAGCGUGAGAUCAACCUCAUCGCCUACCACGGUGCCUGCCAGUACCCCCCGUCCGUGGGGGACCUCCGGCUGCUGGCCUCCUUCAAGCUCCCGGCGUACGAGGAAGUGGCGCAGCGCCCCGGGACGCCACCGCCGCCCUACAGCCCCGGGAGCCCCUCGCUGUCCCCCGGCUCCUCCGGGGGCUGCAGCUCCUGCUCGUGCGGCUGCUCCUGCGCCUCCUCCCCCAGCAGCUCCUCGCUCUCGGCACCGGGCACCGACGAGACGGACCCGGAGCCGGGCCCGGGCCCGGGAGGUGGCAGUGCUGGCUGUGAUGGCGGCUCCAGCAGCACCGGUGCCAGCUGGGACCUGCCCCUGCCCGAGGAGCUGCCGGCCCGCGGGGGCCCUCCCAAACAAGUCCCCCCGGACUUCUGUGAGGCCGAGGGCCGCCCCUGCUCUGACACUGAGAGGGGCGAGGACGGGGGUGGUGGAGCGGCGCUGGGGGGUUGCUCCGGGCGGCACCGACGGCUCACAGGGGAUUCAGGCAUUGAGGUGGGCCGGGGCCCGGAGGAGGAGGAGGGCGAGCCCGAGGGCUGUGGGGGGCCAGGGGGUGGUGGGGGGCCUGGCUCACCUGUGCUGCCCUUCUGAGCCCCCCACAGGCCCCCCAGCUGGGGUCUGGACUCAUCACGGAGCCCCUGGGGGCUCCUCGCCCUGACUGACACCCACCCUGCAGCGUGGUGGGGUCCUGCUGGAGCCCCUUUCCCUCUGAACUGCUUCUGGGGCCUCCCCCAUGAUCCCGGUGCUGCUGCCUGGGGCGGCCCCAUUGCCUGGGGGGUGCCCAAGACCGUGGGGGUGGGUGGUCCCGGCGCAUUCUCUCACCAUUAAAGAGAUGUGGAAGUAC